AUGGAUACGGUGCCACCACCACCCCCGCCGCCUCCGCGGGUGGUCAUCGCUUCGUCCCCAGGAAAGCGCAAGCCUGCCUCGCUUUUGCACGAGAUUCAGGCCGGCGCCGCCUUGCGCAAGCCGCCCCCCCGCCCCCCCGUCGGUCUUCCUGCCCGUGACGAUCUCCUUCGCCAAUUGCAACUGAAGCAGCAGCUGCGGCCGGUGGAGCGUCACGUUGUCAAGCGGCGGGUCGAAGACGCCGCACCCCAGUUUACGGGUGCAAUUGCCCGCGUCCUCGCGCGUCGGGCAGCGAUCGCCGGGGACAGUGACGAAGACGCCGACUCGGACAGUGAUACCGAGUGGUAAUCAGAGCCGUCGUCUUGCUGCACAAAGCGGCUUGUCCUCAGAUUGCCUCCGACAACAAGACACUUCCGUAAGCGAUGUGCCUUCACGUCGCUCUUACCAUGAAAACUCAACUACGAUUGAGAGGAUUCAAAUAAAUUCAUUGGGAC